AUGCCUCGGGCGUCUCCAGUGGACGUAACCUAUGCCGAAACGAAUCAGUUUCCCCUCUCGCUCAGAGCCAAGGCUUGUGCUCUGCGUCACGUCGAGCGCAUGUACAUGACGCGAGGGGGCAAGGCACUCGUCCAUCGUCUCCUAUCGCUGUCCGACACUGGUAUGGGCCGCAGUGCACUGGAGUACGCCGGCCUCAUCUCGGGAGCCCCUUUCGUAGGCCUCCUGCCUAUCCCUCCAAACUGGGACUCCCGGCUGCCCAUUUCGAUCAGGGUUCCGGGUGUACGCAGCAAGGGGCACACACCUCGAGCUGCCCUUCUACAGGAGACCUGCGCACUGAUCGAGCAGCGGUACUCCGGCCACCUCCAUCUUUACACGGACGGCUCGGUGAAGGGGGACGGCUCGGCUGCUGCUGCAAGCGUCAUUCCGCCGCUCCGAGACGAGAGGAAGUGUCGUCUUCCGCUCCCGGCGACAUCGACGACCGCUGAGCUCGCGGCUCUGAACUUAGCGGCCGAUCAGCUGGCCGAGCUCCUCCCGUCUUCGGCCGUCAUCUUCUGCGACUCUCGGGCGGCCCUCCUCACCCUAGCGAGAAGCGAGAAUGGCACUUCGAUCGCGCGGCGCCUCACGCGCAAGUUUACCGUGAUCGUCUGCAGUGGGUGUGAUGUGUCCUUUCAGUGGGUGCCCUCACACGUCGGAGUGCGCGGCAACGAGGCAGCCGACGAGCUCGCAAGGGACGCCCACGACCCUCCACUGCCACAACGGACUUCGUUCGGAACUACGAUGUGGCGCGACUGA